CAGGUAUUUGCGCACUCGGUGCGAAAGGAGGAUUGGAAACAAGAUUUCAGUUCAAGUAUUGCCGCAAAGACAGCGCUGCCAGACUUUUACGAGAAUGAGGUGUUCGAUUGUUUAUCUGCUGUGAGAGACGCACUUUCUACUUCUGGAUAUCCGAACGAGGCCUGCUUAUUUUCUCGUGAACGGUUUCGAAGUACUUUAGUCGAUAUCUUUGUCCAUUUGCUAACGGCCAUCAGGCAUUGUUUUGACAGGUUACUUAAUUUGCGGGCAGAUCUAAAGAAACCUCAGGAUCUUGACCUCAAUCGCAAGGACGAGGAAAAAAGUCAUCUCACAACGAAGAAAUUGCUCAUUAGCAUUUGCAAUUUGGAGUUCAUAUUGGAAACCGCGUUGAAAAACAUUAGCCGACGUUUGCUCGAUUGUGGUGUGAAGUAUGCGGAUGAGGUAUACGAGAAGUCGAAGUCCAAGUUGUCAAUGUACAGGAAGACUCUUGUCCGGUGCUACAUUAUGAUCAAGAGCAGCGCUUUCACGUCUCUGAUAGACUCUGCUAACUACGAGUUUAUACCCGAUGACGGAUAUGUGUCAUCAUAUAAAACCGUCGUGCGCAUAGAUGUGUCGGAUUAUGCGAAAGAAAUAAUGAUGUGUUGCGUUCUACAACAAGCUGAAUUGGAACUAUGCGCUCCUCAGUUAACUUCACAAUGUCUGCAGGCUACUGUACAAGCGGCUUUCGACAACUUAUUAGACCACUUGGAAGCACGCGAACCAGCUUCUGAACGUGAAGUUACUCAGAGAGUUAUUGAUAUCUGCGCUCUAGAGCAGGCACUAGGAGGCUUCACCAGUCUGGAAACUAGGACCCAUGUCAAUGCGUAUCGCGCUGGCCUGGUCGGUCAACUUGAUCAGAGAAAGCUUCAACUAUGCCUCAACAACAUGCGUUCAUCGAUGCGUAUGGCUAUCGAAAGCUUAGAAGGAGGGGCAGAGGACGAUCUGAACACGUCAAAUAUCUAA